AUGACGCGGGUCGGUUCGAAGAACAUGUUCGUGUUCGGCAUGUUCGCAACGGCAGUGACCGCCGUGCUGUUCGGGAUGCUGAGUUUUAUUUAUGAAACUUUGGUGUACAUCGUUUACAGCAUGGUCAUCCGUUGCCUCCAAGGAAUUGCGGCUGCGGCGUUGAUGACCUCGGCGUUCGCCCUCAUUACCGCGCUGUUUCCGAAGCGCGUCGCGACGAUGAUAGGAUUCCUUGAAGUGUUCGGUGGUUUAGGAUUAACGCUCGGCCCUCCAUUCGGUGGAGCGCUGUACGAGGUAGAAUGA